GCCGACCCUCCACACAAUCCCAUAUUUUCAUCAUCUCCCUCUCUCUCUGUCUCUCUCUCUGUUCCGUGGUCACAGAGAACACCAAAGUCUUGUUAGUUGCUGUUCGUAAGACAUCAUGGGAGAGGCUUCUAAAGACGAAGUGCAACUCCCCAUCAUAACACAAAAUCAAGAACGGGCCCGAUCUGGGGGCUCCACCAACACACAGCAGGACCUCCCAAAUCAAGUCCAGAAAUCUGAAUGCAGACCCUACAACUGGUGGCUGAAGGUGGCAGUCUACUCUUUCUACGUCCUCUCCAGCCAGACGGCAGCAACCCUCCUUGGCCGGCAAUACUAUGAUAAGGGUGGCAGCAGCAAAUGGCUUGCCACUCUCGUCCAGCUCUGUGGCUUCCCGAUCCUCAUACCUUACUACUUCCUCUUCUCCUCAUCCACCUUGUCGAAACAGGCACACCCUAAUUAUGCCCCUGCCUUAGUCGCCCUGGACGGUACUGAAUCGCAGCCACCCCUUGGCCCGUCGCUGUGGACACUGGCAUGUGUGUACAUCUUCCUCGGGAUAAUCGUGGCAGCUGACUGCUACUUGUACUCCGUCGGGCUCCAAUACCUCCCAGUGUCCACAUACUCCCUUAUUUGUGCCUCGCAGUUGGCCUUCAAUGCCGUUUUCUCGUUCUUCCUCAACUCCCAGAAAUUCACUCCCUUCAUCUUAAACUCUCUGGUCCUCCUCACGAUCUCUUCAGUCCUUCUGGUCUUUCAGACCGGCUCGGAAAAGCCUGCUGGAGUCUCGAAAUUGCAAAAUGCCAUCGGGUUCAUUUGCACCCUUGGAGCUUCUGCUGGGUACGCUCUGACGCUUUCUCUGACUCAACUGUUCUUCAAGAAGGUUAUCAAGAAGGAGACGUUCAGGGCAGUGAUAGACUUGAUAAUCUUCGAAUGCCUGGUCGCUACAUGCAUAAUCAUGGUGGGGCUAUUUGUGAGUGGGGAAUGGGAGCAUUUAACAACCGAGAUGGAGGGUUACAAACUGGGAAAGGUCUCAUACAUCAUGAACCUUACAUGGACCGCAGUUUCUUGGCAACUCUUUUCAAUUGGGUCGACUGGCCUCAUAUGUGAUGCGUCCUCCCUCUUCUCGAACGCCAUCAGUGUUGUGGGGCUGCCCAUCGUGCCCAUCCUUGCUGUCUUCUUCUUCCAUGACAAGAUGAGUGGCGUCAAGGCAAUCGCGAUGGUUCUAGCCAUCUGGGGGUUUGCAUCUUAUGUGUACCAACACUAUCUCGAUGAUUCCAGGUCGAAGAAUAGUGCCGGGCAUGUAGAAAGAUGCAAUGUUUCCUAGCAAAAGGAAUUACAUCUAUGUAGGUAACAAAACGAAGGUGGAAAAAAUUGUUGCGAGAAAAGGAAGAAAACGAAAACAAGGAAGUUGUACUUUCACGGGAAGAGUUACUUCCAACUUUUCUCCCUCUUUUUUAAUCGUUCAAACUUUGUAGUUGGAAACUUGAAAUCUUAAGAGGAAAGAAAUUCUUUGUAAUGAACGUAAAGUUUUCAUAUGUUUUUUUUUUUGUUAGGAACUAGAAAAUCGGCCAUAUUUACUGGGUCGGAUCCAUCUCGAUAUUCUCCGUUUUGGUAAUAUAUUGCCACUCGAGAAAUCCAUAUAUAGAUAUAUCCUAUGUUAUCUAA